UAAUAAGUUGGAAAUUUCAAAAUUUCAAACUCAGUCGAAUAUCUGCUGAUAUCCAGGUGUUGACAUGGUUGGAAAUAAAAAAUUGGAACCGAUGAUGCGCAGAGAUAUCCAUGCCCGUUAGAAUUUCACAAUAUUAGAAAAAAAUAAAAAUUGGAAACUCUUAGAGAAAGCCUACCUGUUCAGUUCAGCAGACAGGAGCAGUCGGCGAAGAAAAGGGAGAAAGAAAGAGAUGGAGAAAUACGCAGAGCUGCGGGAGGCAGUGGAGAAGGUUGAGUUAGUGGACGCCCAUGCGCACAAUAUCGUCGCCCUCGAUUCAGCCUUCCCUUUCAUCGGCUGCUUCUCUGAGGCCAAUGGCGAUGCCUUAUCCUUCGCAACCCACUCCCUCUGCUUCAAGAGAAGUUUGAGGGAGAUUGCUGAACUGUAUGGCUCCGAGGUAUCUUUGAGUGGAGUUGAAGAAUAUCGUAGAUGCUCAGGGUUACAAUCCAUUACUUCAAUUUGCUUUAAAGCUGCAAGAAUUGCUGCUAUACUGAUUGAUGAUGGAAUUGACUUUGACAAGAAGCAUGACAUCCAGUGGCAUAGGAGUUUCACACCCAUUGUUGGUAGAAUAUUGAGAAUUGAGCAUCUUGCAGAGAAGAUACUUGAUGAGGAGGCGCCAGAUGGAUCUCCAUGGACAUUGGAUGUCUUCACUGCUAUCUUUGUGGGAAAGUUAAAAUCAGUUGCUGAUGGGAUCUCUGGCUUGAAAAGCAUAGCUGCAUACCGUAGUGGUCUUGAAAUUAAUACAAAUGUCAGUAGACAGGAUGCCGAGGAAGGUCUUGCUGAAGUUUUAUAUGCUGGGAAGCCUGUCCGCAUCACAAAUAAAAACUUUAUUGACUAUAUCUUCACUUGUAGUUUGGAGGUCGCUCUAUGCUUUGACUUGCCAAUGCAGCUACACACUGGGUUCGGAGACAGAGAUUUGGAUUUGAGGCUGGCCAAUCCACUUCAUCUCCGUACUCUUCUUGAGGACAAGAGAUUUUCCAAGUGUCGUAUAGUGCUUUUACAUGCAUCCUAUCCAUUCUCAAAGGAAGCAUCAUAUCUAGCCUCUGUUUAUCCUCAGGUCUACCUUGACUUUGGUUUGGCAAUUCCCAAGCUUAGCAUCCAUGGUAUGAUAUCUUCAGUCAAAGAACUUUUGGAGCUUGCUCCAAUCAAGAAGGUGAUGUUCAGCACUGAUGGGUAUGCAUUUCCUGAAACUUUCUACUUAGGUGCAAAGAAAGCACGUGAAGUUGUCUUUACUGUUCUACGAGAUGCAUGCAUUGACGGUGAUCUCUCAAUUCCUGAAGCUGUGGAGGCAGCUGAAGACAUCUUUGCUAAAAAUGCAAUUCAGUUUUACAAGCUAAAUGUAGCUAUGAAGUCUAUUGAUUUGAAGAAUGCUAUAUGCCCUAAGCUCAUGAGCAUAGGCAAUAAUUCCUCACAAAAUGACAUCACACUUGUUCGCAUUAUCUGGGUUGAUGCUUCUGGGCAGCAAAGAUGCCGUGUUGUGCCAGCAAGACGCUUCUAUGAUGUUGUUUUGAAGAAUGGUAUAGGUCUAACGUUUGCUUGUAUGGGAAUGAGUUCAGCUAUUGAUGGUCCAGCUGAUGGGACCAAUCUGAGUGGAGUGGGUGAGACCAGACUGGUUCCUGAUUUAUCAACCAAGUGGAGAAUUCCAUGGGCAAAACAAGAGGAAAUGGUUUUGGCUGACAUGCACCUUAAACCUGGGAAACCAUGGGAAUACUGCCCAAGAGAGGCCUUACGAAGGAUUUCAAAAGUUCUGAAAGAAGAAUUUAACUUGGUAGUGAAUGCAGGCUUUGAAGUUGAGUUUUAUCUCUUGAAGAGGAUACUAAGGGAAGGGAAAGAAGAAUGGGUGCCAUUUGACUCAACCCCCUACUGCUCUACAUCAGCAUUUGAUGCUGCAUCCCCUAUUUUUCAUGAAGUUCUUGCUGCUCUCCAAUCCUUGAAUGUUCCAGUGGAACAGCUCCAUGCAGAAGCUGGGAAAGGUCAGUUUGAAAUUGCUCUAGGGCAUACAGUUUGUAGUUGCUCUGCUGACAACUUGAUUUUCACCCAUGAAGUUAUUAAGGCCUGUGCAAGGAGACACGGGCUGUUGGCAACCUUUGUUCCAAAGUACACAUUGGAUGACAUUGGGUCUGGAUCCCAUGUGCAUAUCAGUUUGUGGGAGAAUGGAGAAAAUGUUUUUAUGGCAUCUGGUCAAGGCUCUCGCUAUGGAAUAUCCAAGGUUGGAGAAGAGUUCAUGGCAGGAGUUUUGCAUCAUCUUCCUUCAAUUUUGGCAUUUACAGCACCAGUUCCAAAUAGUUAUGAUCGAAUACAACCCGAUACAUGGAGUGGAGCAUACCAGUGUUGGGGACAAGAAAAUAGAGAAGCUCCAUUAAGAACUGCAUGCCCACCAGGAGUUCCAGAUGGUCUUGUGAGCAACUUUGAGAUCAAAUCAUUUGAUGGGUGUGCAAAUCCACACUUGGGGUUGGCUUCUAUAAUUGCUUCUGGUAUUGAUGGCCUUCGGAAACAUCUUCAGCUUCCUGUACCUGUUGAUGAAAACCCUUCAGAUCUCAGUGCAGAACUUCGAAGAUUGCCAAAAUCACUUUCUGAAUCGUUAGAAGCUCUUGGGAAAGAUAAUGUCAUGAAAGAUCUAAUCGGUGAAAAGCUUCUUGUCGCCAUAAAAGGAAUUCGCAAGGCAGAGAUCAAUUACUACUCGCAGAAUGUAGAUGCAUACAAGCAACUUAUACAUCGCUAUUAAGUUGACUAUUUGAUGUGCUGGCUGAGAUGGAUGGGUAGUCUCUCAAGUAGUAGGCUGCACCAAAACUACAUGAAAUUUAACCACAAAUAAGAUGGAUCGCUUGGGGGUCCAUUGUACACCACAGGGUACAUUAUUGGUUUGGAUUAAAACAUCUAAUACUUAUGAUUGUUAUUUUCGGGCAAGCUUGUAUGUGGGUAUUUAUAAUGGUCUGGAAUAAACAAAACAGUUGGAGAUUCAGUAAGGAAAUAAUAGCAGCAACAGCAAGCCUCUCAUGCACAUUUAUAAUGUUGCCAUAGUCUCCACUCUCUGUUUCUUAAUUGGCUGCCAUUCCUAAUCCUAGCAAUAAAAGUAGAUCAGCAUGCAUUUGUUUUA